AUGACAUACCUUCUCUUUUACUCAGCGUUUCUGGUGCUCAUAAUUACCACUUUUCUAUAUCUCACUCGUUCAAUGUGGAUUCGACAUCUGCCUGCCCUACCAGGCUCAUCAUUUAUUUAUUCUCGACUGCCGUCCAAUUUUGUAUCGGAUAUGGAGAAUGGCCUAUCGUCCCCCGAAUUUGAUCUAUCCUCAAAUAUUGCAGCUGGUGACACCAGAAGAGGCCUUGAUGACAACAGUAAGAGAGAGAUACAGGGUAUCAUGAAGAGUCGGCGUGUAAACUUUGAUGAAGCUAGGAGGAUAUUUACUGAAGGAUGUUUUGCAAAAAAUGAUAUCAGCUCUGAUGGUCUACCGCGAGAUCCCAAAUUCGUCUGCUUCUCAUAA